CUACUCCAUUAUAUCACAUUCCCUAGUGAACUCUCUCUCUCUCUCUCUCUCUCUGUUCUAUCGUAACAAUCAUUCCUCUCCCAAAAGAAGAAGAUAGUAAUGGCGAGAGCAAUGGCGUUGAUCCUCUUGGUCCUCUCUUUCCUCUCCAUUUCCUCGGCUUCUACCACCACCGUCACUAAAUCAUCGGCCGCUGUGGCCGCCAACUUCAUCAAGGCCCAAUGCGGCGCCACCGAGUACCCGGCCCUGUGCGUGGAGUCCCUAUCUGCCUACGCCAACACGAUCGGGCAGAGCCCGCAGGAGCUGGCCCAGGCGGCACUCUCCGUCAGUAUUGGCCGGGCCAAGGCGGCCAAGGGCUAUGUCACGAGGUCAGCCAAGCUCAGCGGGCUGAAGAAGCGGGAGGUGGCGGCUAUCAAGGACUGCCUGGAGGAGAUCGGGGACUCGGUGGACAGGCUGAGCCGGUCGGCCGAGGAGAUGAAGAAGGUGAAGGGGAGCAAGGGGCAGGAGGAGUUCGUGUGGCACGUUAGCAACGUCGAGACGUGGGUCAGCGCCGCCCUCACCGAUGAUAACACGUGCAUGGACGGCUUCUCCGGCAAGGCCCUCAACGGCAACCUCAAGGCCUCAAUCCGGUCGAGGAUUGUCAAUGUGGCUCAGGUCACCAGCAACGCUCUCGCACUCGUCACUCGCUUCGCCUCAAAGCCCUGAGCAGCAUACAUACAUGAUGAUCAUUAAAUUAAAAUUAAUUAGAUCAUAUAGAAUAUAAUGGAUGUGAGAUGUUUUAAACUUUCGAUGUCGUUUUAAAGGUUUGUACUGUUGUUACAUCUGUUUUGGGCGAGUGUAAUUUGUUUGUUUGUAAGAAAUUACCCUCUUUAGUUUUUUUUUUGUAAUUUAAAAGAAUUAGUGGAGAUAUAUAUGUAUAUUGUGUCAUAUUAAUGAGAAUUAGAUGUUAAUUAUCAUGGUAA